AGAAAGUAAGUCAGUGUUUCUGCCAGAACUUCACAGUGUGACACCCGGCGGAUGUAAACAAAGACGCAUGAGCAGAGUUAGCUUUACUGCUGUGUGGACUGAGCUAUAAAACGGCUGUAUUAUAGUAUGAAUGAGAAAUAUCAGAGCGUUAAAGUAACGAUGUGUUCAGUUGAGUAUCUGAGAGAGUUGAUCAGCGACAGACUAACUGCUGCUGCUGGAGAAAUAUUCUCAGAGUUUGAAAAAAACAUCGUCCAGUACCAGGAGGAGAUCGAUCGUCAGCGCAGACUGCUGGAUGUCAUCUGGAAACCACACAUCCCCUUACAACCCAUAGAGCUCCCACAGUCUUAUGUCUGUGAGAAUGAGAAGACUGUUGUUGACCAUCAGCCCCAUGACCAGGAGAAAAACUCCAUGGUGGAUCAUGAGGACCCAGAGCCUCCACGGAUUAAAGAUCAGCAGGAGGAACUCUGCACCAGUCAGGACCAAUCAAACCCAGAGAUUUCUCAAAUUAAAAUGGAACAGGAAGAAUUGUGCACCAGUCUGCACCAAUUAGACCCAGGGUUACCACAAAUUAAAGUGGAACAGGAUGAACUCUGCUCCAGUCAGGAUGAAGAGUUAAUUGGAUUGAAACAAGAGACUGAUACCUUUGAGGUGACUCCUGCUGAUGAGGAAAGUGACCACAGUGAACCAAAACCAAACAGUGAUCAGCUCCUGUUUCACAUCUCUUGUGUAGCUGAGAGCCCAGAUCAGGAAGGAUGCAAGGAUGUAGACUCAGGAUCAACUAGAUCUAUCGAGCUGAAACCAAGACAUCAGAGUAACAACAGUCACAGUAAUGAUGUAGACAAUGCUCCAACAUCAGCGAGACAGUGUGAUAAUGACAAGGCAAGAAAAUCUGCAACUUGCAAAGUCUGUGGAAAAGCUUUUAGUCGUAAAUCAGAUUUAAUCAAACAUCACAGAACCCACACAGGUGAGAAACCAUAUUCUUGUGAAACCUGUGGGAAAAGCUUCAGUCAACGGACCCAUUUGACUGCCCACAUGAGAUGUCACACAGGUGAGAAGCCAUAUUCUUGUGAAACCUGUGGACAAAGCUUCAGUCAACGGACCUCUUUGACUGACCACAUGAGACUUCACACAGGUGAGAAGCCAUAUUCUUGUGGAACCUGUGGGAAAAGCUUCAGUCAACGGACCCAUUUGACUGCCCACAUGAGAUGUCACACAGGUGAGAAGCCAUAUUCUUGUGAAACCUGUGGGAAAAGCUUCAGUCAACGGACCCAUUUGACUGACCACAUGAGACUUCACACAGGUGAGAAGCCAUAUUCUUGUGGAACCUGUGAAAAAAGCUUUAGUCGACGGACCUCUUUGACUGAACACAUGAUACAUCACACAGGUGAGAAGCCAUAUGCUUGUGGAACCUGUGAAAAAAGCUUUAGUCGACGGACCUCUUUGACUGAACACAUGAGAUGUCACACAGGUGAGAAGCCGCAUGUUUGUGGAACCUGUGAAAAAAGCUUUAGUCGACGGACCCAUUUGACUGAACACAUGAGAUGUCACACAGGUGAGAAGCCAUAUGUUUGUCACAUUUGUGGAAAAAGAUUUUCUGGUUCAUCAGCACAUAAUCGGCACAUGGCAGUUCACAAAAUGGUAAAGCCAUAUUCUUGUGGCACCUGUGGAAAAAGCUUCAGUCAACGGCGCUCUUUGACUGACCACAUGAGACAUCACACAGGUGAGAAACCAUAUGUUUGUAACAUUUGUGGAAUAAGAUUUUCUGGUUCAACAGCACAUAAUAGGCACAUGGCAGUUCACAAAAUGGGAAAGCCAUAUUCUUGUGGAACCUGUGGUAAAAGCUUUAGUCAUCAGACCUAUUUGACUGUCCACAUGAGAUGUCACACAGGUGAGAAGCCAUAUUCUUGUGGAACCUGUGGGAAAAGCUUCAACUGGAGUUAUCGAUUAAAAGCCCACAUGAGAAUCCACACAGCUGAGAAGUCGUGAUCCUGAAACAUCUGUGGAAAACAUAAUGUGAGAAUUAAGGUUGAAACAACAUGUAAGAAUUGGUAUAGGUUAAAAGUAGAUGUAUAUAUAUAUAUGUAUACAUGUAUAUAUAAUAUAUGUAUAUAUUUUAGAUUUAUAGCACCUUUAGUCCGUGCUUCAACAACAAUUGUGAGGAAGUAUGUAAGCAAUCCUUGAUGAUUAGACCAGAUGGAGUCUGGACUGUGGUGGUGGAGCAGGCAGAAGAACCAAACUGAAUGUCUGGAUGGAUAUGGUAUUGGUACAGACUGCUACAUUUCUGCUAUCACGACAUCCUUCAUCAGCAGAGCACUGAUUGGAGAUAAUGUGAAGCUGUUUGGAACAUUUUCACUUUCUGCUGAGAGAACAUGGCUGUUCAGGUGUGAACAUACUGCUGGAAUCCACUCAGCUUGAGCUCUGCUGUCUUUCAAGUAAAAGGAGGCAACGAGAUACAGAGACAUUGUGACAGUAGGACACAACAGAGUGUGUCAUUGCAGCAGAGGAGAUCUGGAUGUGAAAUAAAGUUGUAAUAAAAAGUCUGCAGCUCCAUGACUGCUUCAUGAAAUGUUUUGUAUGUUUUCAAACAGAUGAACAUUUACAAGUUGUUUAAUAAUUAAUGUAACAUUGAAGAUCCCCAGCAAGAAUAACUCUGAGUCAGAUAUCAAAGACAUAACCAACAUUAUUAUGUUUUCAAGCAACAGACACGUGGUUUUACUAGUAGUAGCUGAUACACUCCUGCAAAUGUCAAAACCAGAAAUGUUAAAAACAGGUGAAGCUGUGCUGCAGUUUCUGCUGGUUACAUAAAGGUCUUAUGUUAUUUAUUUCUUCUAUUGUCACCACAUAGGUCAUCUGUGUGAUUUGUUCGUAGGAUCUCAUUGUGUCGUCAUACAGCACAUUGAACCCUUGUAUUGUCUGAACGUCCUGAACACUCCUCCUGUCCUCAGGGUCAGAAAUGACCUGCCUCCACUGAGCCUCUAAAAUAGAGCAGCUUAAUGGAAUUUUUAACCAAAAAUCUAUUUUACAUGAAGAAACAACUUGUCAUUUAUCACACACUUUGUGAAUGCCUGUUUUUGCUUCCUCAGAGGGUAGAAAGACUGUAUUUAAUCAGUGAACACCAUUCGUUUUUAUACCAUUGUUCAUGCUGUAACUGUUUUCUUUCUUUAAGUAGAGGUUUAUUAUCACUAUUAUUGCUGCUAAAGGUACUGCAUAGGUGUAAACAUUUCUUGUUUUGCAAGAGAUAAUACUUCUAUAGCCUAAUAAAGUACCAGAAAUGUGCAGAAGUGAACUUGAAAUGCAUUUUUGAAGGGAAACAACAGUGUACUGUAUACUGUACAAUGGAAUAUAAAACUACAAAACUCAACAACCA